GGUCGAUGGUGUUCAUGGUGAUGACAUUGAUGAUGAUGACAGUGAUGACACCGCACCACUGAUGUCACUAUGCACACUAAUCACGGCUGAGGUGGUAUGCCAGCUGGGUCAGGAUCCUGCAUUACAGUUGGUGUUGGUGCAGGGGUGAGUCGUCCAAACCCGGUCGGGGCCGCCCACAAGGCAGUUGCCGCCCGCCCUCACGCCCACUUUUGUCCCCGCUCAACAUGUGACGCCCCAGCUUCUCCAUGCUGCUCGUCCCGCCCAUCUCGCGCGCCCACUCCGCUGAGCCCCUGGUGCCGCCCCCAGCAGAGAGCAACCGGUCUCCCGCCCGCACCACCCACGCCGCCCAAGCUCAGUCUCUGGCGCCCAUCAAGGCAGAGCCGCCUCAUCUGCUCAACUACACAUCGUCGCCAGCGCUCGCUGACAGCUACGUACGCCCACACAUGUCCGGCCUGAGCGACGCCCAGUACCCGCCCGCGUCAACCGCCACCCACUCGGCGCCCAGCACGCCAGCGCCGCCCUCCACGCCCACCCCCGCGCCCCCCGUGUCCGCCUCCUCCGAUCGGUCGGCGUCCGGCGGGUCGGCCAGCGGCGGCUCGCUUCCCUUGAGCCACCCCCCGACGGUGGGCGGCCCGCCCUCAGCCGGAGGCCUCCCCAUCGUGCCCCCCACCACCAACCCGUCGUCGGGCGUGGGCGUGAGCGUGACCUCGGGCACUGUGACCCCCGCCAUGCCCGUGCCAGGCCCGUCGCAGGCCCCCCAGAGCUCCCAGCAGCAGCCGCCGCUCCACCACCCGCUCCUGGGCUACAUCCCGCACGGCACCAAGAUCCUCUCGCGUAACCUCAACGGCACGCGUGAGUACAACAGGCUCAACUACCCGCCCAUCAGCCAAUCCGAACGCAGAGCUGAACCCCAAAGACGCAGUCAGGAUUUCGGACCGCCAAUGGCCGUCACGUCGCAGCCGAGCAACGAGUCCGAGCUGCAGCUGUACCGAGUGUUACAACGAGCUAACUUGCUCAAUUACUACGACACGUUCAUCAGUCAAGGUACCGUGAAAGGCGGGGACGACGUGCAGCAGCUGUGCGAAGCCGGCGAAGAGGAGUUCCUGGAGAUCAUGGCCCUGGUGGGCAUGGCCUCCAAGCCCCUGCACGUGCGGAGACUGCAGAAGGCCCUGCAGGAGUGGGUCUCCAAUCCAGCCAUGUUUCAGAUUCCUCUCCUGCCUAAUCUGCCCCCGUCGGUAGCGGCGGGUUUUCCCUCACUCACCGCCAGGGCCCUCCUCGGCACGCCCACGCCCACGCCCACGCGCCCAUCGCCGCCCAUGACCACGCCCAGCAUGCACGCCAACCACAACUCUAGUCCGGGGAUCAGCAAGGAAACUAUCGCCGCCAUGAACAGUAACAGCCUGGGUGCCGGCGGCCUGCGAGACAGCGUCGCGGGCGUGAACCCCCCCGGAGGCGUGUCCGUGGCCUCCACCACCGCCGCCACACCCUCCAUCCCCUCCUCUGUGCCCGGGGGCUGCAACACGGGCGUCCGCGACGGGCCCAUGGGCCUCGGAGGGGCAGGGAUGGGCGGCCCCAUGACCGGUAUGGCUGGCGGUCCCAUGGGCGGAGGUCCCAUGGGGGGUGGCCCCAUAGGUGGCCCUAUGGGUGGGGGUAUGGGGGGCUCGAGAGGCCCCUCCCCCCAUCACACCUCCCCCACACACCCGGGGAUCAUGCCCCCCUCCUCCGUCGGGUUGCAGAACUGCCACGGCGCAAUGACCGCAGAAAAGAGUGCAGAUUUUUUUCUUCCGCUCAUGAAGUACAUCAUGAACAUGAGCGAGGACGACCCGCGCCGCAUGGAGGAGAUCCGCAAGUACGCCGCCAUUUACGGACGCUUCGACUGUAAGCGGAAGCCGGAGAAACCGCUGACCUUGCACGAGGUAUCCGUCAACGAGGCUGCGGCACAGAUUUGCAAGUACAUGCCGGCCCUGCUGACGCGCCGCGACGAGCUCUUCCCUCUUGCCCGACAGGUCGUGCGUGACUCGGGCUACCAGUACUCCAAGGGUCAUUCCAGGUCCCAGACUGUAGUAGGCCGCGAGGAGGAGCCCAGGACUAAAAGGUCAAGGUCAGAUUCAGGUCAUGACACAGGUGACCUCAAGAACGACCUCCAGUGGAAAAAGAGACAGGAGCGCCUGGAGGCCAUCAGCGAGGAGUUGAGACACAUGAGCGAGCGCGCCGAGGAGGUGAGGACUUCCCUCACCUCGGGCAGCGGAGACGUGUCGGCUCUCACCUCCCAAAUGGACGCUCUCCAGACCCGCCACGCCCAGCUCACCCUCGAACAGAACGAGCUCCUCAAGGCCCAGCGCAAGGCGAAGAGCGACCGGGUGUCCGUGUGCAGCGAAGACCGGGAGAGAGGCGAAGACUCGGACUCCCAGUUCUCCUACAGCGGUGCUAGUUCCCCCUCUCAGCAGCUGGUCCAGGACACCUUAGUGGACGAAGGUCUACGUGUGGUCAAGGAGUCCCUAAACCAACAGAAGGAUGCUGUCUCAGCCGUUGUGUCACGUGCUCAAGAUGGUUCCUACCCUCGGCCCCCGCAGCAGCAGCAGCAGCAGCAGGGGCAGCAGCAGGGGCAGCAGCAGACGCCGCAGCAGCAGAACCAGCAGAGCGGGCCACAGACCGAGAACAACGCCGUGGGAGGAGCGAAGCAGCACAACUCUACGGGCGGCGCCCAGAACGCGACGGUGUCCUCCGCCAACGCCACGCCCGGAAGGCUCGUGUCGCCGCCCACCACCUACGCCGACAUGUUCUCUUACCCCGAGAGUAAGGUCCUGUCGUCGUCGCAGGGGAACAUCAUCGCCGUGGCCAACCCGGCGCUCUCCAUGUCCGCGGCCAUGGCGUCCUCCCAGAUGAGCGACGAGGAGCGCCACAUCUCGGCGCUGUACACGCUCAGCCAGACCGUGGGGGCCGCCGCCGCCGCCAGGGGCAACUCCAUCAAGCAGGAGCCCAACUCCCCUGGCGCCACCAAGCAGGAGUAGGGCGCCGUCGCGCUCUCUUGCUUCUUGCCUGACUUCGGACGCGAGUGCACCGCGGAGCUUCGAGAACAAGCGUUUACACAUUCUUGAUCAGCAUUGACCGGAAGCUUUUCGAGGCUCGUGGACUGUUUGAAUAAGAAAACAAUAAUAAUAAUAACAAACCUAUGGAAUUGAAGCCCAAGUCUGUUGAAUUUACCGUUGGCGCGGCGGGCGAGGGCCACGGGUGCUCCCCAGUACCUGAAGGAGAGGAAGGCGCGGGCGCGGCGGAUCUCAGGCCCGCGGUUCGCGACCACCCCCGCCGUCGUGGCUCCUCCCAAGGGCCAAGGAAUUCGAUGCCUCCACCGACCACUGCGAGACAGGCACUUCUCAAUGUGCAAUGGAGAUUUUUUUUUCUCAAUAUGUGACGCAAAUGUAUGUAAAGAUGCGAUUGCAGAAGUUCCAUUGAACCAGCGUUUGUUACAACAACGUAUAUGCCUUAUUUCUACCGUGAAAAAAAAAUCCAGUCAUAUAUAUAUACAUAAAUAUAAAACCUUCAGUUCCUAUUUCAUCAUAUAUUGCACCUGUUUAUUUCUGCUCAUUCGAUGGCAUUCCAUUCAACACAAAUCCAGAGAACGUAAGCGAACGUGUAGAGACUGUGACGUAGAAAAUCAUGUUAAAUGCUGUGUAGAUAUUAAAAAUCGUGCAUGUGAAUUUUCCCAGUGAUAAAUAUAAUACAAGAGAAGUGAUGAGAUAUUUCGUAAAAAGGUUUAUUGUCGAUCUUCAGUGCAACGCAGUCUUUCCCUAUGAAAUCCGACGAACUGAAUCCACAAUUCAGACUUCUCCGAAACAGAUGUCAUUCGCUUGUGAAGAAAAGUGGUAAAGAAAUAUGGCCCACGGAGAGGAAGAAGAAAGUGUUUGUGCACUUUACAUACUGUGAGAUGGAAAACCAAAGAUAAGGAAGAUAAGAAAAGCACAGUGUGUUCCAUGAAAGAACCCACAAUAAUUAUGAACUUUACCUUAGAGCAAACCGAAACCUGAAGCAAGAUCACGGAGGGCAUAGUGACACCUGAAUGAAUCCUUUGUAAAGUACAAGCAUACAACCGAUGGACCCUUUCUAGCACCGGGACAACUGACCGAUCCAGAUUUGGAUGUGAAGACGUGGUCAUCCAGACGGUCCUUGCAGUUCGUCCUCGUCUACCUAAUUCUACCUAUAUUCCUUAUCCUAGUCUUGGCUAUGAAUCCAUGAAUGAAUCCAUUUACCUAAUAUUCUUUGUUUCUGUAUUGUUAUGGGAAAAAGUAAUCGGUGCGAUCGAUACAAAAUCAAUUAAUUAAUGAUACUAAAAAAAUCUAACACUUCACAUAGACUAAGACAGAAACACAUCCGUGUAAAAGGCGGAGGUCAAGAUUUGCAAACCUUCUAACCAUAACAGACGCAGAUUUAACUUAAGAAUACAGUGGAGGACCAAGGAGGCCGAACUGACCGCGUUCGCUCCGCGAUCCCCACUGAAAGCAUCUCAAAGACAAAGGUAGGAAAGAUAAAAAGAAUUCUAAACCGUGUCUAACGCGGCCAAAACUAACAUGAUUUGUCUAACGCGGAAACACAUGCUAACAACAAAAACAAAAACUAAUGAUAAUAUUCUCUGCACUAACUGGGUAUUCCGUGGCGUGCUGGUUGAUAAUCUGCUUAGGAUAAGAUAAGUCGAUUUGCCACUAAAAACAGAGUAACUAAAGAAAAGAGGAACAGGAAACCGAUAAUCAACCAUACAGCUCUCAUUGUUUCUUUAGCUUAACCAUUCUCGCACUUUAUCAAGUAUCUUUUUAUUUAAAGACAUACAAAAAGAACUAAACCAUACAUUACCGGUGUCCUUCGGUAAGCCUAACUGUGUUCCGUGAGCAUUACUGGCGACUUUAAAUCCACAAGCGAAACCCUCAGCAUGGUGUAGCCGCUCUACAUGAUAUCGGACGAGGGUUUCCAAUAUAGGCGACGUUUAAGUCAACUGUGAUAUGUGUGCCGGCCCUCGGCGUGGGGAAGCUGCGGGGUGAGCGUGUCCCUGGGCGAACGACCUCCAGAUUCCAAAACUAAGUAUGAGCUUUUCGUCAUUUUUUCAUCAUUUACUGGAAGGAAAGGUUUAUUGGGGUAAUAUUGGUUAUGUAAAAUUAGCUUUGACAUAUGAAGUGAAUCAUGAUAAGAUAUUUCUUAGUUGUUAAUUAUCAUUCUUGUUAUUAUUCUCUGAACGAACGGACGUCACACUGAAGGAUGUGAAGGAACUCGCGUCAGUACUGAUCGACGGGUUCUUUCACAUCCGUCGAUAGGAUAUUGCUCUAGUCAGUUUUGGAAUUUGGAAUCAUGCAGCCAAAAUUUGCUUUUGCAUUUGUGAAAAAACGUAGGCGAAAAAAGGUGGUUCCUGUAGUGACAUGUAGAUAUUAGAAUGACGUAAUUUAGUUGAUGUGGCUUCUUGCUGGAAGUCUGUUUCCCGUACCUGUAUGUAUUUGUCGCGUGGCCAGAGAAAGUCAGCUCCUUCUUAUAUCAUUAAGGUUGUAUAUCUGAUUCCACCUCCUUGUUUCAGUGAAUUUACUUCUUUUGAUACAUUUCCUUUUUUCCUUUUUAGGAAGCACUGAGAAAGACUACAAAGUAAGCAAAUGAAUGCGUCUGAUUUUAUCAUGUCAGUGCUGACUUUAUCAUAUAUGCUCUUUAUUACCUUUAUCAUUAUUAUUUUUAUCUAUAGUAAAUCUUUUCCCAAUGAUACUGCUAAUUUUCAUAAGCCACACGAUCCCUUUAAGUUUAGAGAGCAGCGUUGCAAGAUGUACAUGUAUUUUUUGUGUGUGUGUUCGAAUCCACUGUCUCCUUGUGUUUGUUUCAUUCACAUCGGCUCAACAACACUUAGAAAAGGAAAGAGAGAUGAUGAUAAGCAAUAUGAUUUUACUUCAUAUUGCUUGAGUAAUUAGCCACAUUUAUUUUAUUUUCAUUUAUCUUUUAUAUAUAUUUUUUUCUUUUUGGCAUCGGCUCAGUCACAGAUAUUAUCAUAAGAUAUGGAUUUAUCUUGAUGUGUUUUUAUUGUAGAUCUUGUCGAAAAUGAAGAGUAUUUGGGUUUUAGAUGCCUAAAUGCAACAUUGUUGACAAUAAAGCAGUGUUCUUGCUAAU